UUCACGCACAGCAAUAUCGUAAUUGAACUCCGUUUCCAGUCGAGCCUAGAAGAAAUUAUUAAGUAUGUUAGUCGAUAGUGCAACACUGAACAGGAAAGCUUUGGGGGAAAGAAUUUAUAGGGAAGGUGUAGAAAUAUGGAAGAGAAAACAAGAGUUGGCAAGAUUAAAGAAACUGAAGGAGCAGCAAGAGAUUCGGGAUAUGCUGGAAAAGUAUUAUCCGUUUGGGCAUGCCAGGGAUGUAAAACCGAGGGGAUUGAGGAAUUUACGAUUGGAAGGGCUCUUUCCCAACAAAGAUUAUAUGAAUGCCAAACGAUUUGUGGGCACUCUGGAUCUGGGAAGGCCCGGAGGUGGGGCUCCAAUGGUGUCUGAAACCGGAAAGAAAGUUACAAGGACACGUGAAGACCCUUUGCUCAGGUUCCAGUUUGGUAGUCAUGAUUUAAGAAGGUGUGUGGACAACACUCUAAGAUAUAAAACAAACAAGAAGGCUCAAGAAGAAUACAAGAAGGAACUAGAUCAACUGGUUGAAGAAAAACGAAGAAAUGAUGAAAGACAGAGACUCGAGGACCACGAUGCUAUUCAAAAACAAGGAUGGUCAACUGAAAAUACCCUUAAACAACUAGACACCGUACGACCUGAAGUCACAAAUAAAAUGCACAAAGACGUACCCUUAGAAAAACCGAAAAAUAAUUAUGACCCUAAAAAACAGCAUCCGGAUAAAGUGAAGAAGUAUGAUCCCGUAUUCUAUCCCUCCAAAAACAUCUACGUUGGUUCAAAGAACAGAAAACUCUCUCCCUUACCUCACGGUAAGGAAAACGGAAUUGAGUUGGUGCCACUUUUAGCUAAACAAAGACGAUUUCCAAUGAAAAUUCACCUAGACACUACAGACGUGACCAAUCAGAAAAAAAUCCAUUUAUCUUCUCUUUGGAAUAGACAAGGCUCUUCAUACUUGCGGGACCUAUCACAACAAAUGGCCUACAAGCAGCAGAAACAGAAGGAAAUGAAAGCCGCAGACGAAGAAACUGUUCGUCAUCAUUUUAACACGUGGGAUGGCUUUUGGGGGAGACCAGGACAUGGUGCCCCCAAAUCUGCCGUCAAAAAACAAAGACUGGAUCGACUACUUUAUCCUCAAAUGGUUCCCAUCAGCGUGCACUAG